UACAUUAUUAUUAACGAUUAACGAUUUCCCAUUCCGUUCAUUCCUCACCCGAACUACCGAUUUCCCUCUUCUUUCACAUACAACGCUUUUGUAUAAUAAUCUCCUUUUCACGCUGAUCGCAACACACAAAACGCAGAAAUAUGCAGCGCCGUGCAGAUAUCAAUCGAAGAAUCGCCCGAAUUUCAGCUCACCUCUGCCCUUCUUCUGAUUCCCAGAUGGAGGGGAGUUCUGGGUUGGGGAUGGCGAAUUGCAGGGCUAAAGGGGGAUCGCCCGGAUUCAAAGUUGCGAUUUUGGGUGCUGCAGGGGGUAUAGGCCAGCCUCUUGCUUUGCUCAUGAAGAUGAAUCCACUGGUUUCAGUUCUGCAUCUCUAUGAUGUGGUGAAUACGCCCGGUGUUACAGCUGAUAUCAGCCACAUGGACACUGGUGCAGUGGUGCGUGGUUUUUUGGGGCCACAACAGUUGGAGAAUGCUCUCACUGGCAUGGAUCUUGUAGUCAUUCCUGCUGGUGUUCCUAGAAAACCAGGAAUGACGAGGGAUGAUCUUUUCAACAUUAAUGCCGGAAUAGUUAAGACCUUAUGUGAAGGAAUCGCAAAGUGCUGUCCCAAAGCCAUUGUCAAUGUAAUUAGUAAUCCUGUAAACUCAACUGUUCCAAUUGCAGCUGAGGUUUUCAAAAGGGCUGGAACUUACGAUCCCAAGCUGCUUUUGGGAGUGACAAAGCUUGAUGUAGUGAGAGCCAAUACAUUUGUGGCUGAAGUUUUGGGGCUUGAUCCAAGGGAAGUGGAUGUUCCGGUUGUAGGUGGUCAUGCUGGAGUUACAAUUUUACCUCUUUUGUCUCAGGUUAAACCUCCAUGUUCUUUGUCCCCCGAGGAAACCGAGUAUCUGACCUCCCGUAUUCAGAAUGGGGGCACAGAAGUUGUUGAGGCAAAGGCUGGUGCGGGAUCUGCAACUCUGUCUAUGGCAUAUGCAGCUGUUAAAUUCGCAGAUGCGUGCUUGCGAGGAUUAAGAGGGGAUGCUGGAGUUGUCGAAUGUGCCUAUGUGUCUUCCCAGGUGACUGAGCUUCCUUUCUUUGCAUCCAAAGUAUUGCUCGGCCGCAAUGGAGUUGAAGAGAUUUACUCACUUGGUCCCCUGAAUGACUAUGAAAGGGCUGGGCUGCAAAAGGCACAAGAAGAGCUAGCAGCAAGUAUUCAGAAGGGUGUCACAUUUAUAAGAAAAUGAUGAGUUAGACUUGUCUGGUAGAUGCCUUGGAUGGGUCUUUGUAAUAAAGUUUUUAUGUUUAUGAUUAUCAGAAUAAUAUCAUUAUAUCCUUGUAAUAAAAGGGGAAAGAUAGAAGGAUAAUCUGGAACCAAACAGAUGAAGAAUGCAGAAAUGGAAUCGUCCGAACCCACGUA